AGCCUGGGAGACACAUUAGAAGAAACACUGCUCAGCUGAGGGACUGAGUGAGUGAGACACACGCAGAUCAAGUAAAGCAGAAAGUAGCUGGGACAUGUGAUACUCGCUGCUUUGUGGGAACUAUCUGAACAGUGACAUUUUACUUUGUAUGGGAGCCAGGAAACACGACUGCAACCUGUGGAGAUGGGAAAUACAACCACCUCAGAGUACACCAAUAUGACUGCGAUGAACUCGUCAUCAAAUUCAACUGGGACUGAUGAAGGUUUCAGUGCCCCUGUAAUGAUCCUGCUGGGCAUGGUCAUGUCCUUAUUAGUUUUGAUUAUUGUCUUUGGCAACAUCCUGGUUAUAACGGCAAUUGCCCGCUUUCAGCGUCUCCAGAAUGUCACCAACUGUUUCAUCACAUCGCUUGCCUGUGCCGACCUGGUCAUGGGUCUGAUUGUGAUUCCUUUCGGUGCCUGUAAAAUUAUCUCUAGUACGUGGUACUUUGGUAAUUUCUGGUGUGACUUCUGGACUGCCACUGAUGUGCUCUGCGUGACUGCAAGCAUUGAGACCCUGUGUGUCAUCGCCAUAGACCGUUAUUUGGCUAUUACUUCUCCCUUCCACUACCAGUCGAUGUUGACCAAAUGCAAAGCUCGCAUUGUGGUGGUGCUGGUCUGGGUGAUUGCUGCUCUGAUAUCUUACCUGCCCAUCCACAUGAAGUGGUGGACCGCUGAUACUAUUGAAGCUAGAAACUGUACGAACCAAACCAACUGCUGCGAAUUCCACACCAACCAGGCUUAUGCCAUCACUUCCUCUAUCAUCUCCUUCUACAUCCCUUUGGUCAUCAUGAUUUUUGUCUACAGUCGAGUUUUCCAGGAGGCAAGGCGCCAACUGAAAAAGAUAGACAAAAGCGUUGGACGUUUUCAUAAUAGCGACAUCAGCAACAGUAAUUCUCUGGAGGCCAAUAAUGGCCGUGGCCUUAAAAAGGCAAAGUUUUGCCUUCGGGAACACAAAGCUCUGAAGACUCUGGGCAUCAUCAUGGGGACCUUUACUCUGUGCUGGCUGCCCUUCUUUGUGCUAAACGUGGUGGAGGCUAUAUGGGCUGUGAACAGCCCGAUCACCUUUAUGGUACUUAACUGGAUAGGUUACGCAAACUCUGCCUUCAACCCACUUAUUUACUGUCGGAGCCCUGAAUUCUGGUAUGCAUUCAAGGAAAUCCUGUGUAUGAAUAGGAACCGCCUCACCAACCCUGGACCUGUGAAUGGAUACAUCUAUAGCAGGCACAGCUGGCAGAGUGAGCAGCAGGGGAGGAGUAAAGGUAACUCAGAAGAGAGUGACCCCACUGAAGGGUUUCUGGGGAAAGGAGCAGGGACCCCAGUUGUGGACAGAGCAGUGGACCCCAACGGGAAUUGCAGCAAAGACAUAAUGACUGUAACGAGUAUAACAACUGUCCUAUAAACUUGAAACACUGAGACUUCUGUCAACAAGGAAAUCCAGAUAUGUUUACACUGCUAUUGUAAACAGUUUUUUCAAAUGACUGAUGAAGGUAAGGCCAGUCAAAAAUGACUGACAGUGUCUCUGGAGACUUUAAAGAAACAAUAACUCAGCUGUUCAGCUGAGUAAAGUGUCACUUUUCCUCUUCAAACACAGUGACACAAAACUGUAGGUCUCUCACAUUUCCCUUUUGUGUGCGUUCAUUGCAUUUUUUUUUUUUUUUUAAUUUUCACAUCUACCUCAUCAUACCUUUUCAAUAUUUGCAUCUUAGCUGACCAUCUGUCACAUUAAGUCACUGUCCGCAGGAGUUAAAGUAGGGCAGCAUCUCAGCAGUUUAUUUACUCUACUAAAUGGCCUGUGGAUUGUAUGACUGCUAAUUGUCUGGCUUCAACUGAAUUUGUAGCCAUGUUGUUUAUCUUUGAUCUGGAGAGAGAUCCCACAGUUUUUAUUAGCAUAAAAUGUUUCAGAACUUCAAAGGAGAAGCAAUCGGAGGUUGUAAAUUUCAUCCGAACAUGCCAAUUUGGCACAAAGAGCAAAGUAAUCAGAGAACGAUUGAGGGUGAAGGGUUAAACGUAAUACCUCUUCGAUGCUUUGCUUCAAGAAACACAUUCCAAAUUGACCGAGAUUAUAAUCUGGCAUGCUUUACUUUGCUCUUUUUUUUCCUUUAACGAUUGGAAAAUCGGAAAAAUGAUCAAAAGCAGGUGUGGCGAAACCUGUCUCAGUCAUUCUGUCUCACUUCUCAGCAAUGUUACGAGGUCCUGUUCCCUCCUAUAGUGUUUUACAGUCUCUUGCAUUUGAGUUUCCAUUGCAGGGAGAUAGCACUAGAGAUAUGAUGGUUAAUCUACAGUAAUCUACGAGUUACUGAUGAAACCUAGGUCAAAGUGAGGCUGGUCAAAACUUGCAUGCCUGUAUAUGUUGUCUAAGCCAGAUUCCGCUGUCAGGUCGAAGAUAUAUGUACGUAAUCUUUCAGUGCAAAGUGGAUGCCAUUACAGAUAAUGCGGUUAAUCCUGAGUGUUGACCUUUGAAGCUUGCAGCUGUUAUUAACAUAAAUUCAAAAGUGCACAUUUUAAAGUUUGCUAUUGCACAGUCAGAACCCAUCACUUCUUGCAUUCUGUUAAGUGGCCGACUUAUGUGCUACAUGUCACUCGGUGCAAUAUGGCCAUUAUGUAAGUGUAAGAAAAACUAUUCAUCUUUCCUUUUCCUUCUAUGCAACAGUUACAGUAGCCCCCUUUGUUGCACAAGCCCUAUUUAUUUAUUAAAAUUUGUGGUUGCUCUGUUUCAGCAUGUACACUGUUUACUGAAACCAGAGAAGCCAUUUCCUUAGUCAUGGCACAAGGGUACAAACCACACGUAAUAAUAAACACUUUGUCAAAAUAGCCAAGCGAUAACAAAGUUCCACACCCAAGAUGUGGCGGUGGUGAAUAUUCAGGCUAAUAAAGAUAGAUGAGAGGAAGAAAAAGAAAACAGCCCUUAGUAGUGCACUGUUGUCACAGCUCUCUCACAGGUGCCUCCGUUGUAAAAUCAGUUGAAAAUCAGAAAACCUUUGGAGAAGACACUCAGGAGUCCAUAGAACAGUGCCUUAGCUGUUCCAGUUUCCGACAUUAAUUCUCUAAUAAACAAUGCAGGUUAGAAUAAAAUCCGAAGGGGCAAUUUAACAUGAGAUCAGAUAGUCAUGGGAGCAAAUUAGUUUUUUGCGACUUACAGUAAACGGUGUGCAAGAUCAUUAGUUUUAAGAGAAGUAAUGAAGGUGCACCUACAGACAGAACCCCUUUCCCCAGUCAGUUUGGCAGUCUCUAGUAUGUCUUGAUCAGCAUGCUAAAUGUGGCAGAAGGGGGACCAGGGAUUCUCUGCAAGUCUAAAUCGGUGUUAGUGACCUGUGUUAAAGUGCAUGUAGCAUUGCCGGUGCAGGUCUGCUGAUGCCGUAAAAACUGUGAACUUUGUUCUCUCAGAGGAAUCUCCAUGUACUGUAUUUCUAUGUCCGAUCAGCACUGCUGCUGCUGCAGACCUUAGGAAUAGACGUAAAUAUGGUAUCCUCAUACGUCACUGUUUGCCAUGUGAAAAAACAAGCUUUCCAGGAUGUCGAGCUCAUUAUCUGUUUUUCUUUUUAACAGAUUUACAGCAAAGUAAAUGCAGGGGUUGGGUGUCAUAAGACAUGUUGGUCUGCAUUUUCCCAACAUUUUCACUGUACAGUCUACGCAAAGCACAAAACGGUCAAAGACUCUAGACCAUUUUCUGUGUUGCUUUUAUUAAGAUGCAAAUAGCUGAGUUUAAAAGGUCUGCAGCUUAAAUAAGUGUAAUUUUAGGAGUAAUGCACAAAUGAUCUCUUGCAUGCCAGCUUCACAUUUGUAGUGAGGUGUUUGUGGACUUCUGUGCCAUUUCCUUUAAAAGUGAUCAGUUUGAGCCCAAGUGCUGUAGAUUGUGAACUAUAUAUCCACACUGCUCUCUCCUGGCAGUGGCCUCUCCUUGCACCUCAGCUGUCUCAGAGUUACUCAUGGUUACUGUUUCAUCAAUAAGGCUGUAUAAUAAGGGAUGCAUGACUUCACCUCCCGUUGUUGCUGGAGGACGCCACACUGUUAUGUGCAAUGAGUCCUGAAUGAAUAGCUGACAGUAUAACAUUCCAAGCAAAGCACAGCUGAUGGUUUCUAACCACAUACCUUGCCUACGGAUGCUUGCAGUCCACAUUUAGUUCUCCCACCACGGUCUUGCAGCAGAUAAGCGAAUUUAGUGUGGGUACACACAGAAAGAAAUAUAUUUUUAAAACAGAUUCAGGGUUACAGAGAAGUCUUAGAGGUUAUGUUACAAAGUGACAUGCACAUUUCACACAUAUAUUUUUUUGUACGGCAAUCAAUAUCUUGGAGUUAAAUAUGAUAGAAGUCUCGGUGGGGUAAAACCAGUGCUUUUCUAACAGAACCACAGUUGUUCAGAUUGAAUAAAAGUUUGCUCAUGAGAACAACUUAGUCAUGAUUUUAAUUAAACUAUUCACCAUCCUAAAAGCAGCACUGUAUAGGACUUUCAUUUACUUUCAAGAAGAAUUUUUAGAGAUUUCGAAUAACCAAAUAGACAUUGGAGUUCAUGAACUUUAAACAGUUCAAUUGUACCAUAAUAUUUUCAUGGAAGUUCUUCUUCCUGUUCGCAGCUCAAAAUAAAGACUGUAGCAUCUCAGCACAGAUGCUGUUCAGUGUGAAGCAUUCAGAGAAACUGACAUGUGUAAAUGUGAAUUUUUACAAAUGUUAAAUAUUGCUUAAGCCGUCAUAUAAAAAAGUAUGUGAAAUACUUUUUUUUCUUUUUUUUUCCUCUCGUGGCCGGGAUGAAUAAGCUGUCACUCAGCUAACUAAAUGUUUACUAAAUGUUUGCAAGCUAACUUCGCACAAGUUCUUGUCACUGUUUGUUAAGGUAUCGGAGGCUGUUACAAUAUGUGGUGUCUUGUGAUAUUUAUUACAAAACAAUGUAUAUAUGUGAUGUAACAUUUGUAUGGAAAUAAAUGAUUUACAUGUUGCACGUAAUGUCCUCAUGUGCAUUUCCUUUAUACACAUUAAAAUGCACACGUAAAGGAUACGUCAGGCUCGAAGGCUUAACUGCAGUUAAGUCUAUUUUAGUAUGGGAAAACUAUCAAAACGUGAUCUGGAAUGAUGGACAGGAAGGACAUCGGGAUACAAUUAAAAUCUUUCCACUUUCCUUUUUAAACAGUGUGUCUGCCUAGUGCUCCAAGUAAUCAUACAUUAUACAGACCACCUAAUUCUAUUCCAGAAAUCCAAGGGAGGAGGAUAGAAGAAAUAUAUAGAGCCAUAAAAACGUCUCGAUAUUUGGCACUAAGCUGGAGUGGAGAGCAUUUUUCAUGUUUCUUUCAAGAAUAAAAUAUGUUCGUUUGCAGAAUGAAGAUUAAAAACGUUAAGAGUAGUCAUCAUAGUUAGGAAUGCAGUUUCAUAGAAAAGGAUUUUGCUCUGGAGAUGUGAUUACGCCUUUCAUGCUGAGUAGAGAACACUGGGCACUGAUUUACUAUUUUAAGUAUUUACUAUUUUAUGAACAGUUUUUUACAUCAUGCAAAACAGUAAAAUGAGCCACUUUCAAUAAUGUCACAUACUACAGUUUCUAUAGGUAUACUAAGAACGAUAAAAAAAAAAUGGUGACUAGCUUUGAAGCUUGAUAAAAUUUCUGCACACCCUAAGGAAUAUUCAUUUUCAGGGUUAGAGGUUAAACUCCCCACGCAGACAGAACAUCUACACUGUGGCCUUUUCUGCUCUGUGGAGGGUCCUGGACCAAUGCCAUAUCAGAAUCAGGGCUAACCCGGCAGAUGCUUCUUAUUUCAGGGUUUUAGACAUCUACUGAAAUUGAGGCACUGGGAUGCACACAUACAUGAGUCUGUAAGAUUAAUAUUGUGCCAACUUAUGUGCCAAGCCACUCAAAUAAGUCCUUCCAUGGUAAUAUCCACAAUCAAGCUUUACAGACUUUGAUCCUUAAGAGCUAGAUAAGAACGCCAUUUUCCCAUAGAGACCCACCAUGUUGAGUCAGAGGGAAAAGAAAGUAGCAUGGAGGGAAAACUCUGGAAAGAAAGAGUCUGUUUUGGGACAGGAAGAAUAUUUUCUCAGAUAUGUUAAUCGUGUCAGGGAUAUACUGCAUACAGGGUGUGACUAUGUGAAAACAUUGUCUUUGAUAGAUCGAUAUGUCCCCUGGCACCUUGGUGACUACAGUGACCGAGGCACCGCUAUGUCUGCAGUUCCCCUUCUCCCAAGAGACCUGCUAGCAUGUGUGUCUGUGUGAGUGCGUUCGUCUGUGUGUAUUUGAGAACGUGUGGAUGUUUGUGGACUCAUAGGAACAUCGCAAAUUAAAGUUUGUCCCCCUCUGAAAAACUAGAUCCACCUGACCUAAGGUUAAAAAAGCAAACGUGACCUUGAAAGAUGUGUUUCACUCUGUUUAAAGGCCAAAGUAAAUAUAAUAAAACACAUCUUUUCAAAAAUAUUUUCUGUUUGGUAAUUCUGUCAUAACCAAAAAUGAUCUAUGUUUAUCCCAUAAAUGUUUUUAGUCAUAACUGUGUCAAAUUAUUUAUUUAUUUAUUUUUUUUAUCUCCAGUGAGCAACAAAAUGAUCAGUGUAUCAUUUCUCUUCUCUAAAAAGGAUUUACAUCUCUACAUUACAAGAUAUAAAUGCCUCAGUUCUUGUGAAAUUAACAUAGCACCAGCAAUGGACAUAUCAUUUUUACAGCUUGCGGCUGCGCUCAUGAGUUCAGACCAAUCACUGCAAACCAAACUACUGGACAAUAAGGUCACAGCUGAUUGCAUGCUUUAGGUGUGACAAUUUAAAGAAAGAAAGGAGAACAAGGCCGGUCCAAGAAAAAGUUGGCAGUUCGUGAGAGCUCAGUGAAAUGUUAUCCCUGUGGAUUUUUAUCAGCGGGGUUGCUAACCGUCGACCUUCUGAUGUGUGACAUGCACGUUAACCUUUAUUCUCACGUUCUCACUAUGUCCAGAGAAGUCUCACAACAAAUAGAGAGAAGGAUCACAAGCAGAAAAAAAAUCAAAACUGUUUUCUUUUCUUUUCUUUUUUUCUUUUUUUAAACAUUGGGCCUUUUACCUCUUUCAGCACCAACACUUUGUCAUAACCAGUGGAGAAUGUAAAAAAUACAGCUUAUGGAUUGUUUUGCAGGAUGGACACAAAUCUGUCUGUAAGAGGUUAUUAGUUAGACUCACAAGUGUAUAUAACCUAACCCUAGUUUGACAAAAUGUAAACAGGAGAUCAAACAUAGAGUUUCACACAUUUAAGCACAGUAGCAGUGACAUCACCAAUUAUUCACUUAUUACUACUUAUUAUUUGUAACUAUUAAUAUCACAUAGUUGUCCAACAUUGUAAUUCUUGUGCUUUGAAAAAAGUGAAAUGUGGUGUCUUGUUAAGUUUAUUGCAUUAAGUGUGUAACUGUGUUUAUUUUAGACCUUCUAGUCCAGCUCAAUAUUUUACAAAGAAAUACUAUUUAAAAAAAAAAACACAUGAGAACACUCAAAUGCUGUAAUCAUUGAACAGAACACUAACGUGCAAUUGAUUCAAACUUUUUAGAAGCAGGAUUUUUUUUGUCACUUAAAGGUGGUACAGUUAAGGCCAUAUGGCCACAGAAUCAAUUAAUUGAUACAUACAUUUAUACAUAAAUUUCUUCAGGUCAGUGUGGAAGCCAGGAACUUUAUUGGUUACAGAGUUUUGGCUUGUAUUUGUCCAUCUUGGAAGCGAGAUCCCGAAUGUAUCAUUACAGGCUGCCUGAAGCAUUUUCAUGUUUGUUUUACUGUAAGCAAAUUUGUAGUGGAGUACCAUCGGCUCUAAAAAUGGCUAUUUCAAUAUAAUCUGCAUGCAAACAGAAUUUCCAGUCUAGCACAUUUACUUUACUGCACAUCAUGAACAUCAUUCCUGUUGAUUGCACAUUUGCAUAGUUUGAUCAAACCCUAAGCAGCUGCUGCAAGUAUAAGGAGAGGAAACGGCAUCGUCGGCAUACAUCCAGUAUUGUGCUUCUAGUUUUCCACCUAUCGUGAGUUCCAUCAUCAAUGGUAUUUAAAUUCAUCUAUCUUUAUGGGCAUACAAUUGUUAAUUGAAAUAAAAUGCCAGAAAUUAUUCAUACAAAUGGAAGCUUUCCAUAUUAAGUAUACACAAUGUUUGGAAUACCUUGUAUUUUUGUUUAUUUAGUUACAUACAAAAAGAAGUUUCAGCAUUCAGAAAUUAAUAAUUAAGCUAAUGAAAUGAUGUUUUCAGCAACAUAGAAAGCUAAAUUUGGGCUAAUACAUGGUAAUUAAUUAUUUAGAAUAUCAUAGUGCUGACGGGACUUUAAGUUUCAUUCAUACAAAUUUUACUGUGAGUAAUUUUUAAGAUAUUAUUAGGACAGAGCUGAUAUUAUUGAUGCAAAGGUUAUUCUGAUAUCAUUUAUGGUUUAUGAGCACUCUGAAACACAUAAGCCAAAGAAGUACAACCGGUAGGUUGGGAUAAACAAUGCAAAUUAAUAUGUGCUAAUACACUCCCUCAGCGCAUGCUAUAAGCUUUCAGAGAGCUUGGUGCUCUUCUGUGAGUAGAUAUUAAACUAUCCCUCCUUCUGCCCCACUCC